AUGUAUAAUAAUAGAGAUGUUUUUGAUGAACUGGAUACUAGUGGGGUUGGUAUCAAUCUGUUUAAUAUCUUGUACAUUGGUGUAUAUGCUAAUUUGGUGAUGCAGAUGUUUCCUCCAAAUGUACCAAAUACAAGCAAUUUGUUCGUAAGCUUGGCCGAAGACAAUGAGAGCCAAGAUCCACUUUCUAAAAGGAUGUAUAAUGAGCACAAGAGUGAAGAGUACCUCUUGGGGUUGUUGGCUCAUGAGAGUAAAGAGGUCCAUAAUAAUGUCAAUUGUACAGUGAAUGAGAGGGUAAGGACACAUGAAGUAAGUUUCACUAGUACGGGAAGCCGAUAUAGGUAG